AUGAACGAGGAGAAUGAAAUCCCAACCAGUGUGUUUGUCAAGGAUACUGUUCCUUUCCCCCGUGAAGCUGAGGAGGGGGAGGAGCCCACUGCCGUCAUCGACGCCAACCGCUCCACGGAGGAGGGGCUUCACACCAUCGACCUAUCCUCGGACGAGGACGUAGGGCUGGAGGCGGACCUGGACGAGGUGGGAGAUGGCGUAUACGAGCUGGCAGGAGAGCACACAGACAAAUCCCGCACGGAUAAGUUUAAACGCUCCAGUCUAAAGAAGGUGGACAGUCUGAAGAGGGCCUUCUCCAAAGCGAAUAUAGAGAAGAAGAUGAACAAGAUUGUGUCACAGGAGAAACGAGAGAAGAUGAAGAAGAGCCUGACACCCAACCACCCAAAGAGCUCCUCCUUCAAAGUGUCCCCUCUCACGUUCAGCAUCAAGAAGAAUCGUAAGUCUGAGGGCCAACCUGAAGCUGAAGCAGAGGUGGAGGCCUCAUCCCAGACCGGGGUUUCGCCUACUGCCGUGGCCUCCAUCGAGAUCUCCCCGCUGGCCAACCCUGAUGAGGAUGUCCUCUUCACCGAGGUGCACUCCCAACUGGCUCCGGGGCUGGAGGAGUCCAAGGCUGAGGCUUUGGAGAUGAAAGAGGUGGCUGUCAGUGAAGUUCCAGAAUCUGACGAAAUUCCAGAAUCCAACGGUUUUUCUGAUUCCAAACCGUUCCUAGAAUCACAUGUUCCUGAGGCAGAUGUGGAUCUGUCGGUUAUGACGGAGGGAGGGAGCGAGGAGUACGCUCUCUCUGCCACGCUCCCACAUGAUGCCUUCCACUCUAUCUCGCCCUUCGGUGAGGAAGACAGGGAAGAAAAGGUGCAGAGGGAGAAAGAGUAGGAGAAGGAAGGAGAGAAGUAAGUGUAGAAAGAGGUGGAGGAGAAGGAAGAGGAGUAAGAGAAGGAGGAGAGACUUGUGGAAUAGGAGCCCAGCUGUCAAAGUCCCCUAAAACACACACACACAAAAUAAAUACACAUAUACCUAUUCCCUAACAUACUUCCCCACUCCCACUCCCACACUCUGUCCAUCAUCCUCUAAAAAACUCAGACCCUCUGUUCAAAAACACACACCCAUACACACACAAUUACAGUUCAUUUCUGUGUGUCUUUCUGUAUGUCAUUGUGUGCAAUGUAUGUGCUUGCAUUUGUGUGUGUGUGUGUGUGUGUGUGUGUGUGUGUGUGUGUGUGUGUGUGUGUGUGUGUGUGUGUGUGUGUGUGUGUGUGUGUGUGUGUGUGUGUGUGUGUGUGUGUGUGUGUGUGUGUGUGUGUGUGUGUGUGUGUCAGGGGCAGAUUUCUGUUUCACAUGUGAAAGAGGAUGAUGAAGUUGCUAAAAGGUAUAAUUAUCUUCUUAUGCUUCUGCUUAAAGUUUAAACCUGAACGUAUACUUGUGUAUGUAAGAUGCUAACUUUGCUUGACCUAAUAUAUACAAUUCAAGCCAAUCAGUACAACACUUGUCAUAAUAUUAGCUACAGAUAGAGUUUUGAGUUUUGGUAUCUAUUACUGUCCGUUACAGGUUUGCCUAGAGAAAACACCGCCAUAUAUUUUUCAACUAACCUGGUAUUGGCGAUACUGUCUUCCAUCUCCAUUCUGGGAAACAGUUAUUUUAGAAAUGUUUCUAUCCAGUGGCAGGUGGUUCUACAAAAAACACUGAAAACUCAGACAGUAAAUCCAUGUUUUGUACCGCGCAAGGAGGAUCCUCGCCAUCUUAGCUGUCGGACAUCUAGAAUUUUCCAGCAUCUUUGACAGAACUAGUCAUUUCUAUGCGAAGCGGCCGCGGCCAGACAGUGUGUCACGUUAAUACAAAGCUCUACACACAUUGAUACAAAACAUGGAUUUACUAUCAUUCUGAGGUUUCUCUGCUGUUUGUACAACCACAUGCCACUGGACAUGGACAUUUAUAAGAUAACUGCUUUCCAGAAUCGAGAACAAAGAGAGUAUCGCCAAUACCAGGUUCAUUGAAGAAUCUAUAGCAGCGUUUUGUAUCGGCAAAUCUGUAACUCCUAGUAAUGGAUACCAAAAAUCUUUGGUUAUAUCACAUUAUUUGGUGUACAAUCUGUAGGUAUCAUCAUUCAUGACCCUCGAAUAUCUUAGUACUGUAUCAUCUCUCAGUGAAUGUAUAGAAAACAUAGAGAGAUAUAGCAUGGCAACAGUUGAUAAUAAAACAUUAUAAGGGUUCAUACCACAGGGUGGUGGCACCUUAAUUGGGGAGGACGGGCUCCUGGUAAUGGCUCGAGCAGAAUAAGUGCAUUAGUAUCAAAUACAUCAAACACAUGGUUUCCGUUCACUCCGUUCCAGCCAUUACAACCGGUCGUCCUCCCCUUAGCAGCCUCCCCUGGUUCAUACAUAAUGUACAACAGGUAAUAAUGCAUUAUUGUAUAUCUGUCAGCUUCAAGUAAAGUGUUAGUGAAGUAGCCUAUGUAGUCUUCUCUUAUUUCACUGGUGCCAAAGAAACUCCUCUUCAAUAUAUUGUCCAGAUUGUUAAAACUGUGAUUGUCAUGUUUCUUGCUCUUAUAUAAAAAAAAUAAUCUAUCUCCAGAAUCGUUAGAAUUCUAAAUAAAAACAUUGAAACUGUC